AUGAAGAAGUUCAAUUUUGUGUCUGCUGAAGAGAUGGAACCAGUCCAAGAAGGGGAGGAUACACAAUUUGCUGAAGUAUGUUACAUGAGCAAUGGGCAAGGAGGCUACAACAAAGGAUUACUAUAUUACAAAGCCAACCCAGCCAUGUCUUACAGAAACACUGAUGUUGCUAACCCUCAGGACCAGGUUUACCCUCAACAACAGCAAGCUCGAUCGAGUCAAGCUCCCACAACAUGGGUAUGGUCCAAAAAACAACUACCAAGGCCCAAGGGACUUUUCCUGGUCAGCAAAUGCACAUACCACCUGGCUUUCCCCACCAACCACCCCAGCCUGCACCUACACCUGAGAAUGAGCUCAAGGUUGAAACAAUUGCUUCAAGGUCAAGCUGAUGGUGUUGUGGACACAAGCAAGAAGUUGCUGAAAUCAACUCCAAGAUUGAGAAUCUCAACACAAGAGUGUACUCUCUGGAGAAUCAUGCUUCUUCUGUUGCUGCUGCUACAAAGCAAGGACAACUACCUGGUAAAGCCAUUCAGAACCCCAAGGAACAGUGCAAGGUCAUCUUCACUCAAGAAGGACUUGAUGAAGAGGAGGAUCAAGAGAGAGUCAUGGAAGAGUUUUGUUUCUGCUGAAUGA